UUAUUGUGUGGUCCAGGCCUUGUGGCAGUGGUAAAGAUGUGGAAGGAGGGGGAAAUGAACAGGAAAGGGAGGGAUUUAGAUUUUUAAAAAAUCCUCCCCACGCUUGGUACAGACAGCUUUGAUUUACAGUAGAAAUUAGAAACUCCAGUUCUUCUUAGACAUGAAAUUGAUUUUAAAAGAAUUCCAGAGCAGAAUAUGUUUGAAUGAUUUCUAACUGAAUUUUUAAACUGUUUUUAUAUCUAUGUAUGUUUGUGUGUAUAUGUGUGUAUUCAUUUUUACACUUUUAUACCAUAAGAGUGGGGGGAGAGACCAAGGAAAGUAUAAUAAGUUAAUUAUGGAGUUUUGUUAGUAAGAGUUUUGGCACAAUGACUGAUGAGGGAUUCUUGACCCUGAGAGGGAAGGAGGAGCCAUAACCAGGAGGUUUGCAUUGGUACCUCCAUUGGACAUCGAUUGAAAGAUGGACAGAUCGGACUCAGCUGGAUCUGAAGCAGGACAAGUCGUUCAGGGCUCAUGUGUUGAAAGUAAUAGAAGAUUCUGGGCAAGAACGAUGCUCAAAUUCCUGGGUGAUAACCUUGGCAACUCAGACAUACAGCCUCAGCAUUUUAGUCAGUUCUCCUGUGAGGAGGUGGAGUGGCCCCGGGAGAUCUGCAGCCAACUCCACCAUCUCUGUCGCCAGUGGCUGAAGCCAGAAAAACACACAAAAAAACAGAUGCUGGACCUGGUGGUGCUGGAGCAGUUCCUGACCCUCCUCCCACCAAAGAUGUCAAGCUGGGUCAGGGAGUGUGGAGCAGAGACAUGUUCCCAGGCCAUGGCCCUGGCAGAAGGAUUCCUCCUGAGUAAGGAAGCAGAGGAGCAGGAUGAAAAAGAGCAGGUGAAGAAGCUCCCUGUGGACAUUCAACCUGAUUUCUCUGCUGUAAGGGAGGCUCCAUCAGGUGCCAGGCAGAGCUCCCAGCAAAGGGACAUCACUUUGCAAGGGGCUGAAGUAACACAGGGAACAAUGGCUCUUGGUUACAAUGGAGGAGGAAUAUUUCAGGUUCCAGUGACCUUUGAAGAGGUGGCCGUAUCUUUCCUCCCAGAAGAGUGGGUCUUCCUAAAUGCGGAUCAGAGAGCCCUGUACAACGAGGUCAUGGAGGAAACCUGUAGCAUCAUGUGUCCUCUUGCAGGUAACUGGAAGGGAAAAAAUGCCUUUGCCAACCAUUGUCAAAACAUUCCCAAACACGAAGAAGCCUGCAUGGAAGAAAAAUGUCCUGAAGAGAUGUCCUGCAUAUGCACCAGCUGUGGAAGAUAUUUUGCCCCAAACAUUACGCAUGUGUGUGAUGAGAGAAUGCAGCAGGAAGAGAACCACUUUGGAUAUGAACUUUCGAUGAAAGGUGUUGAUCUCAAAUUGCAGCACGAGGAAUACCAUAUAGCAGAGAAAGCACACAAAUGCCAGGAGUGUGGAAAAUGUUUUACUUUCAAAUCACGCCUUGUGAUCCACCAGAUAAUUCACACAGGAGAGAAACCAUACAGAUGCCAGGAGUGUGGAAAAUGCUUUGCUUCCAAGUCACAUCUUCGGCAACACCAGGUGAUCCACACAGGAGAGAAACCAUACAGCUGCCAAGAAUGUGGGAAGUGUUUUAAUUCUACAUCUGGACUCCUCAGACACCAGAGAACCCACACGGGAGAGAAACCUUACAGAUGCCAAAAGUGUGGGAAAUGUUUUGUUUCCAAUUCAGUACUUCUGAUCCACCAGAGAAUCCACACAGGGGAAAAGCCAUACAAAUGCCAGGAAUGUGGGAAAUGUUAUGCCCAACAUUCAGUGCUUGUUGUCCACCAAGGAAUCCACACAGGAAAGAAACUGUACAACUGUCAAGAAUGUGGGAAGUGUUUUAAUUCCAGGUCAGGACUACUUAAACACCAGAGAAUCCACACAGGAGAGAAGCCAUACAAAUGCCAGGAGUGUGAGAAAUGUUUUGUUUCCAAGUCAUCAUUUGUGAUCCACAAAAGGGUCCACACAGGAGAGAAACCAUUCAGAUGCCAGGAGUGUGGGAAAUGUUAUGCCCGAAAUUCAGUGCUUAUCAUCCACCAGAGAACCCACACAGGAGAAAAACCGUACGGGUGCCAGGAGUGUGGGAAAUGUUUUAAUUCCAAGCCAGAACUAUGGAAUCACCAGAGAAUCCACACAGGAGAAAAACCAUAUAAGUGCCAGGAGUGUGGGAAAUGCUAUGCCCGGAAACCAGAUCUUGUCAUCCACCAGAGAACCCACACAGGAGAGAAACCAUACUCAUGCGAGGAAUGUGGAAAACGCUUUUCUUCCAAGUCAUGUCUUGUCAUUCAUCAGAAAAUCCACAAAGGAGAGGAAGAAUACAAAUGUGAGGAUUGUGAAAAAUGCUAUGUUUCCAAGUCAGGACUUGUGAAACACAAGAGAAUGCAUAAAGGAAAGGAACCAUAGAAAAGCCUAGAGUUCUGCCAUAGAAACCAUAGAAAAGUGGUCAUCCACCAGAGUCCACACAGGCAAGAAAUGCUACAAUUGCUAGGAGUGUGGGACAUGUUUUACCCAGAAUUCAGCUCUCGGGCAGCAUAAGACAGUUCACACUGAGAAGAGCACUGAGGAUUUUUUCCCCUUGAAAGCAGAGCAGUUAUUAUAUCAGAAUCCACAGAGAAAUCACUGAAUCCUACAUUGAUUUAGACCCCAAGUGCCAGCGAGUCAUAUCUUUCUCAAUCCAUAAAUCCGUCACUAAGACAUUCCUAAGAGGAUGCUAUUUAAAGCAUCAACUUCCAUUCUCAACAGUAGGAAGUUUUUCCUUGCAUUUAUUUUCAGAAUUUUGCCUUCCUUUGAGUUGAAUCCACUGGUUAAGAUCCCAGAGGGGCAGCAAACAAGUUUGCUCCAUUUUCUACCUCCUUGGAGGCACUGCAUCUGAUUACAGCAGUGUUUCCCAACCUUUGGGCUUCCAGGUAUUUUUGACUUCAACUCCCAGAUCCCAGUCAGCUGAGGAACUGUGGGAGCUGAAGUCCAAAACACCUGGAGGCCCAAAGGUUGGGGACCACUGGGUUACAGAGAUUUGGGUUCACUGGAAGCAGCUGAAUAGCCCAUUCUUUACCUCUUUUGAGACAUUUUUUACUAUUGUGGUUUUUUACAUUUUGUGAUUAUUGUUUUAGGGCGAAGAUAAGUGAAGUUAGUUUGAUUUGGUGUACUGCUGAUAUAAGAGACAUGUUGGGAAAUUACAAUCUUUAAAAAUUGUAUAACGAAACUAAUAUUGCUGAUUUUUUAAAAUGAGACUGAAGGUGUUCUUUGUUUUGGGGAGCUCCAUCCCUUAUUUAGUCUGUCAACUCUAAAGAAAAAUUAAAUGGGAUGUUUUUCUUCAUUA